AUCUUAACGAAAGGUAAUAUAAAUAGAUAUUUUCAAUAAUUAAUGUUGGAUUUUUGGUAGAAGAUACGAUAUAAUUGGUCAGAGCGAGGUUAAGUUUCAGCCAAUACAUUUUCAUUUUGGCUAGUACCAAAACUUUGAGAGCUUGAAAAAUUUGUGACGACUUCUUCUCAAUGUUUCAGCACAUCUAGUUCAUAUUAUAACAGCGGCUAUGUUGUAUUCAUACCAAAGUUAUGAAUGUAUCAUAUACACGCAUGCUUAGCAAACACUAAUAGCUAAUGUAUCCAUACUUAUCUUCUAGUCAAAGAUAUAAUACCUCUAAAAAAGGCAAAGGAAGAAAAGAACGAGUUAUUGAGGUAAUCUCAUAGUGUGAAUGGUCCUAAUGGCUCCCGAUUCCGUCGGUUCCACAAUCCCUUUCCUAUAUUAAAGAUCUUGUCUCUCCUCAUAAACUUAAACUUCUCAGAUAUUUACAAGUGCAUUCAAAUAAAAACCAAACCACACACUUGCUUGCUUCUCCAAUCCAUUUCUCUAACUCUUGUUCUUCUUUGAUCGAUUAUGGGAAAGGAGGCAUUCGGAUUGGCCGCGAAAGACAAUUCUGGAGUUCUCUCGCCUUUCCGUUUCUCUAGAAGGGAGACAGGAGAGAAGGAUGUUAAGUUCAAAGUUUUGUUCUGUGGAAUCUGUCACUCUGAUUUGCAUAUGAUCAAGAAUGAUUGGGGAGUAUCUACUUACCCUCUCGUCCCCGGGCAUGAGAUUGUUGGUGUGGUGACUGAAGUGGGAAGCAAAGUGACUAAAUUCAAAACUGGAGACAAAGUGGGAGUCGGGUGCAUGGUCGGCUCGUGCGGAUCAUGUGACAGCUGCACCGAAGGUCUCGAGAACUACUGUCCAAAAACGAUCCAAACGUACGGUUUUAAGUAUUACGACGACACAAUAACCUAUGGUGGUUACUCAGACAACAUGGUCUGCGACGAAGGUUUCAUCAUCCGUAUUCCCGAAAAUCUCCCACUGGACGCUGCUGCGCCGCUACUAUGCGCGGGGAUCACGGUCUACUCCCCGCUGAAAUACCACGGGCUCGACAAGCCUGGUAUGCACAUUGGUGUGGUUGGACUAGGCGGUUUGGGCCAUGUGGCGGUGAAAUUUGCUAAGGCUAUGGGUCUUAAGGUUACGGUUAUUAGCACUUCGGAUAGUAAGAGAGAUGAAGCGAUUAAUAGGCUUGGUGCAGACUCGUUCGUGGUGAGCCGUGACCAAAAGCAGAUUAAGGAUGCGAUGAGGACGUUGGAUGGUAUUAUUAAUACCGUAUCUGCGACUCAUUCGCUUCUCCCAUUGCUCGGUUUGUUAAAGCCUAAGGGAAAACUUGUUAUGGUUGGUGUACCAGAAAAGCCACUCGAGCUCCCGGUCAUGCCUCUCAUCUUCGAGAGGAAGAUGGUAAUGGGAAGUAUGAUAGGAGGGAUAAAGGAGACGCAAGAGAUGGUGGAUAUGGCCGGAAAACACAACAUCACUGCGGAUAUUGAGCUUAUCUCUGCGGAUUAUGUCAACACUGCCAUGGAACGGCUUGAGAAGGCCGACGUUAGAUACCGUUUUGUGAUUGAUGUUGCCAACACAUUGAAGCCUGCUCCUUAAUUAUAAAUCUUAAGAACUGAAGUUCCACAAUGAUAUUGUUCUUGUUUGGUUUGUUUUAAUAAGUUUUAUGUUGUUUUGAGAACGUUGUGUGGCUAUGCAGUAUACCUUGAUCAAAUUAAUAAACUUUUACAUCCUUA